GACGCGCUCGAGCCGGGUCUGGCCGGACCGACUCACUUCGACGCGAAGCCGGGCGUGGCCGUCGCCUGCAACCGCGACUGCGACUGCGACUGCGACUGCAACCGGGUUCGCAAGGAGCGGGCUUCUGACAUGCCGGCCGUAAAAAGUCGACCACCCUCUCGAUUGUUCGGCCCAAUUGCCGAGCUUUCGCUUCACUCCUGCCCACCCCCACCCCUUCUUUGCCUGUUCAUGUGUCUGCAUGUGCGUGGGUGCAUCGGUGCAUGUGUCCGUUGCCAGUGGGCCCUUCGGUUGUCCGGUUGGUCAAGCCUUGCCGUGAAUGGCCGAAACACGCGUUUGGCGCUCACGGACCAUUUGCCAGAGACGUCCAUUUUGCCCAAAUUACGCAACGGGGCCUCGGCGACUGACUCGCCGUUUCCGUGA